AUGCCGGCAAAAUUAGUAGACAAUCCAUUGGUGUUGUUCGAGCUGAUGGUUUUCGUAACAAUGCAGCGAUUGCAAAAGAUCGAUGCAUUCUUUUCACCAAAAAGGUAGGCACAGCUAAAAAUUUAGUGAUAAUGCAUAAGGAAUUCCAAUCAAGACAUUUUUCCAGCCCUAACAUCGAUUAUAUUGAUGAAAUUCCAGUCAAAGAACCGAAAAGACAGAACGAUGACAAAGCAGCAAAAGAAAAAGCGUCGAACCAGCACCAGCAGAGGAAACAGGACCUCCAUCCAACAAGUCAAAGGAGCAAAAGUAAAAUAGCAUUCUAAAUUGUAAAGGAAAAAUUUUAGAGUUAAGAUCUGGCCCUGGCUUCUCGUUCAGCAUUGGCAUUUGCUUGGCAACAGUACGACUGUUCGACUCUUUGGUUGUUAUAAUUAUCAACACAUUGCAUCUGGGAAAGAAAUACUCUACACUCUUUGAGAAAUACAGGAAUAUUUCUGUUGCUUAUAAAUCAUGAUUUCUGUGUUUUAUCCUUUCGCAAAUCUAAUAAUUAGUUCACUAGUAUUUAUUGAGACUUGUUUUCAAAACCUUUUAAUGCUAAUGCUAAUUCGAUUGUUUUGCCGCGAGACAGAAGUGUAAAUGGAGUUUGUCACGCUGUAGGCCAUUUGACUGCACCCGCCACUUGGCAAAAAAACGUCACGUGCCUAUCCCUCAAUCGGAUCUAGAAGAAAACUCAAAUUGUCUUAUAUAAUUUUUAAUAACGAUUUAAAGAAUUUUAUAAAAUUCACUGUUUUCUUCUUUUUUGCAAUUUUGAUAAAUCCGCUAUAAUUUGAAAACUCUUUGUUGUUGAAGUGCAUCAAAUGAAGUAGAAAAUGCGGCAGCGUCGCCCGAUAGAGAAGAACUCCCUGCAGUUGAUUCACAAGGGGAGGAGAUAGUAACCGCAGGUCUUAUUUUGACUUGAAAUGUGCGCUCACAGAUAGAACUAGUUAUAGUAAGCUGCACUCUAUAUGCAUGACGCUGGUCCAUAUGUUAGGAAAUGAUUUGAUAUCUGCAAGCUUUUGGUGAAGUUUAAAUAUGAAGGUAUUAUUUUAAUUCCCUUUGAAAUUAUUGCAUUUUUGUAGGAGAUGUAUUGAUGGAGAAGAAUGAGGCAGAUUGGUGGAAAAACGCCGACAUGGCCAAAAUUGUAAAGGAUCGACCCUCUUUGAGUCGCCAACGAAAGUUUACUUUAUUGAAGAGUCAUUUUAGACCAGGUGAUAACUAUGUAUUCCUAAAGACCAAACAAAACAUUAAGAUGAGGUCGUUCCAGGCGUCUUGGCUAAAGACCUACCCUUGGCUGGUGUAGAGCGAGUCUAAAGAUGGUUGAUAUUGUAAGUGUUGUGUUUUGUUUGCGCACUUAGCAUCAAAUAUCACAACAGGUGCUCUUGUGAAGUUACCGAUGAAGAAGUGGAAUAAAGCGACGGGUAUCCUCAACGACCACCAAAAAAAGGAAUACCAUAUAACUGCAUCACUAAGAGCUGAUGAUUUUCUUCAGACAGCUGAGAGGCUGGAAACAUCGAUCACCUCAGUCAUUGACAAUGAAGCUGCUAGACAUAUUGCGAAAAACAGAAAACUUCACCAAGAAUAAAGCGAGUGGACUUCAGUUCAGAAGAGAGAUCUAGAUGUCUACAAGACGUACACUAUCAGUAAUAAUGUCACGGACAAUCUCCAGGACAACCAAGACAACAUUGAAGACAUCUGGACCGAGUGGUUCGAUCUGGCGGUCACUACUGCGGCAAAUGUAGGUGGUGUGUUUUCCAUCCCGUGUCGGACCAGUCAGCAGCACCAUUGCGACAAUGUACCAGCCCAGACACCAUCUGAUUACUAUAAGAGGGCAGUUGCUAUUCCCCUUCUAGACAAUCUACAAUCAGAGAUGAAAACAUACUUCAAUCCUACUAAUGAUGCUGUCUUGUCCAGCCUCUUUAAUCUUCUUCCUCAGCUGGUAGCUGUCGGAGACAGAAAUCCUGACAUUGAAGCAGCGCUGGAGUUUUUUGAGAACAACCUUCCUUCUCCUCAUGUGGUUGAUGUUGAGUUCCUGCGAUGGAAGAGAAAGUGGUGCAGCACUGAGGAUGCCGACCUUCCCACCGGUUCUAGUUCAGACUCUCGCAGCAUGCCAUCAAAAGUUCUUUCCUAA